AUGAUUGGAAGCAUCUUCCUAGAUGAGCCAACGCAUCACUACAGCUGCGCUGAUAUUUUCCAGACUGUUUCUAUGGUAUGGAAGGACAACGAGUCAGGAGAAACUCUUGUCAGGCUAAUACAAGAGGAGUGUGGGCCACACAUCCGUGCUUCCAUCAAGUCUUUAGAAGGGAAAUACAAUGAUGACGAUCCCUCUGUUUUCUUGACAUGCUUGGAGGAAUAUAGGGUGGACUUUCUCCGUAAGAUGGAGUUUCUCUGCAGCAUUUGCGGAGGUAAUUCUCAGAGAGUUCGUGGACAAACAUUGGGGGAUAUUCUUCUUAUGCUUUUGCCGAGUCAACUUAGCUUGGCUUCAGAACUUUGUGGAAAGGUUCUUUCCAAGAUUCUACAAAUGAUUAGAGAUCAAAGAUCAGGCAAGUUUGUCGACAUGACUCAGCUCAAGUCACUUAUGGAAAUGUUCCAUGGGCACUAUCUCCACGACUCGCUCUUCUUUGGGAAGCCUUUGCUUGAGGGCACUGCUGAGUUUUACACCGCAGAAGCAGUACAAGUCUUUGAGCAGUCCGACCUUCCACAGUACUUGAAGCAUGUUAAGGGAAGGUUGCGUGAGGAGAAGGAAAAAUGCCAAUCCCUCUUCUGUUUUGGGAUGUUCAUGGACGAGGUGAUUGCAAUUGUAGAGAGGGAGUUCCUUGUGGUUCGUGCCUCUGCCAUUAUUGAAAAGGGUUUUGUGACAUUAAUGGAUGAGAACCGUCGUGCUGACCUUGGUAUCAUGUAUCGUCUGUUCUCUGAGGCGGACUUAUUAGGUCAUCUGGACGAAGCUCUCAGGUCCUACAUUCUGGAUACUGGAAGGAAGAUGUUAGCACAAGGCUCAUCAUCACUGGCAGAUUUCAUGGCUUCAGUUGAUCAGAUAUGUUUUGCCAGCUUUUUGGAAGAUCCUUCGUUGGAAAAGACUGCUGAUGAGUGUUUUAUGGAGCUUGGUUUGUCUUGGAAGGAUCGUUUUGCAUUGUUCUAUGGAAUCUGA